AUGAUGAAUAAUGUUGAACGAAUAUCACAAUUAAUACCGAAAUUCAAACAGCAGUUAAUUUUCUUAGAAGAACGUGAGAAAUUAUUUCGAAGAAUUGAUGAUGGUUCAAUUUCAUCUGAUGAUUCAUUUUCUAAUACAUCUACAAUAUCUAAAACACCAAAUUUUACUUUACCAAAUGCUCAAACAUCACCUGCUGUUUCAGUUAAUUCACGAUCACCAUCGUCGACUUAUUUAUCAAGCAUUAAUCUUUCAUCAACAAUGUCUAUGGAUUAUUCACCAACUGAUCAAACUGUUACUGAUGCAGGUGUACCUUCAUCUUUUCUAGAUGUAUAUGAAGUACCAAUGUUACCAAAAGCUUUGUUGAAAGAUAUUGAAGCUGGAAAUCUGAAAACUUUUGGUUCACAUUGUCAAGGUCGACAAAUACUAAUCGAUGCAGUAGUUCAUGAUCUCAUUGAAAAUUAUAAUUUGCUUCCUAAAUUGAACGAUCAACAUAAAACGAUUGUUAUCCAUCCAAAAACACAAUAUAAUGUCGUUGGUUCUGCUCUUAUACGAUGUUUGAAAUUACCUUCAACACCAGAAAAUCUAGCAAUAUGGAAAGAUGCAUUACAAACUAAAUUAAAACUAACACGUGCUGAUCAUCCAAAUAACAGUCUUGUUCAAGAAUUCCGAUUAAAAUAUUCAAAAUUGGGAUCUGGAUGUCCAGUGAAACAAAAAAUUGGUGAAAUUGCUGAACGUGAUAGACAUAAGCAAGUCUUCGAAGAAGUAAAAAUGUUGGUGAAUAUUGACUUAAGUAAAGAAGUUCGACGACAAGUUCAUAUUUUACUAGAUAAAUUAGUCGAAACUCCUGCAUUCAUUGCCGAUUCACCUCCGAUUCGAUUAAUUAAAAUCUUCUGUCGAAAGUUCGGUGAGACUGUUCAACAUAUAUUCUGCGAAAAGGAACCACAAACACCAUAUCCAACAUUGGUUUCGAUUGAUGACGUCAUUCAUAUUUAUGUUGACUUCCAUCCAAUACUUUCAACAAGUUCACCCGAUGAUGCUCUUGGUCUUCUUAUCGGAAUGUAUUUUAUUUUUGAAUUAUUCUUUGAUAAAAAGAGUAGAACCAUUCGAUUUUUAUAUUGUGUUUUACAUUGUGAUAAACAAUUUCUGUCUAAUUCUAUUCGAGUACUGAUAAAGGAGAAGAAUAUUGAUAUUCAUCGAGAACGUCUUCAACCGACAUCUAUUUCGUUCUCUUCUAUCUCGAACAAUACGACAACACUUAUUAGUGAAUCUCGAAAUCAAUUGCAAAUUGUUACAAAUUUAUUGGAUCAUUCAACUGGUGAACGUAAUUCUUCUAUUAUUAAUCAAACAACAGAACCAACGACUUCAACUCAUGGUUCUCAUUCAAGUGUAGAUAUGGCUUCUAAUACAAAUCAAUUCAACCAUAACAACGAGAACGUGUUGCCAUCUGAUUGUAGUUCUCAACCUCAAACAAGAAAGAAACAAAAACGUAAACAAAAUUUAAAUGAAGAAGAACAGGAUGACACAUUGAUGAACGAUGCUCCACAAGAUAAUGUUGAAUCUUCUCAAAGUCGUCUUCCACUUACUAUUAUGACAAAUUCUACUGUUGCAUUACUACAAACAAAACGUAAACGACGAACUUAA